GGAGGCAGUACCCACGCAUUGGCGCCUCCCCUGCUGUGGUUGCAGCGUUUCUGUCUGCAGUCCUUGCAGCUCCACCGUCUGUCACUCUUUGCAAUCACGGACUUAAUGGCGUCUUUCCAGUCUGUUCGUGCGACCGUGUUUUAACAGGGUGUUUAUAAUGUAGCAAUCAGGUGCCCUGUGUUUGACAGAGACGUCGCUCGCUGUAGGCUACAUUCAAGAUCAAGAAUGUAAUGAGUAAGGUGCAAACGACAUAUGGACGUCACCCUGAUGGUUGGCAGGAAAUAGGAACAGUUCCCUUUUUCGCUUCUCUUGUGGGGUAAAACACGUAAUAAGAAGCGACUCGAGAAAAAGGUGCCGUGACUUGAUUUGUUUUCGUCUGAUUUAAAUGACUUCAGGAUUUGGAUGUGGAUUCGAACGCUGCGAGCGUAUCUUUUUUUCUCUUCAGCUUUCCUGGCUUUAAAGACCGCUGAGGACACGGGCGGGAGUGGUGCCCCAUACCGUAACCGUAUGUUACUUUUUGCAUCCAGUUAGCGAUACAAUUGCAGGCACCAUAAUUUUCUCGUUUAAUCUGAUUGGAAGGAUAAUCUCUUCAAAGCUCUGAGAAUCACAACCGCUACACGCAGGGAUUGGAGAGUAGGACGUGUGUGCCUAAACGGAGAAUAAGGAAGCGAUCGAAGGACUGAAGAGAGGAGACUUUCUUACAAUGACUACAGCAAGGUAUCGACCAACUUGGGAUCUGGCCCUAGACCCUUUGGUGUCCUGCAAAUUGUGCCUUGGGGAGUUCCCACUUGAAAAAAUGACAACCAUAAGCCAAUGCCAAUGCAUCUUUUGUACUCUGUGCCUGAAACAGUAUGUGGAGCUUCUUAUCAAAGAAGGCCUUGAAGUGGCAAUUAGCUGUCCUGAUGCAGCCUGUCCAAAGAGAGGACAUUUACUGGAAAAUGAGAUUGAGUGCAUGGUUGCUACAGAAAUUAUGCAAAGAUAUAAAAAGCUACAGUUUGAAAGAGAGGUGCUUUUGGACCCUUGUCGGACGUGGUGCCCAUCCUCUUCAUGUCAAGCAGUAUGCCAUCUUAAGGAUAUGGAGCUUACAAUUCCACAGUCAGUAGAGUGUACAUCCUGCAGUCUUGAAUUUUGCUCUGCUUGCAAAGGGAAUUGGCAUCCUGGGCAGGCCUGUCUGGAAAACAUACCUGUUGCAUCAUAUCUACCAGGGGAAACCAGCUCAUUUUUCAAGAGUGAAGAUGAUGAUGCCCCAAUUAAACGCUGCCCAAAAUGUAAAGUAUAUAUUGAACGUGAUGAAGGCUGUGCACAGAUGAUGUGUAAGAACUGCAAACAUGCUUUCUGCUGGUAUUGCCUGGAGUCUUUGGAUGACGACUUCCUUUUGAUACAUUAUGACAAAGGACCAUGUCGCAACAAACUUGGCCAUUCCAGGGCCUCUGUAAUUUGGCAUAGAACUCAAGUUGUUGGUAUAUUUGCAGGCUUUGGUCUCUUGCUGUUGGUGGCUUCUCCGUUUUUGCUUCUUGCUACACCUUUUGUUCUUUGCUGUAAGUGCAAGUGUAGCAAAGGAGAUGAUGAUCCAUUGCCAACCUAGGCGCCAAUCAUCCUGGAAGUGUUUUCUGCCUGAUUUGUCAGCCUUACCUGGUCCUUUUCGAUUUAGUAUCCAGCACAGUUUUCUCUUACACAGUCUCCAGAUCUUUAGAGACUUGUCUAUGCUGGAAGAAGGACAAACUCCUAAUAAAUAUUUAAAAGCUGGCAGAGGUGGGGCUGAAAAAAAAAGCCCAUGUUGAGACACUGUGGGUGGCUUUCAGUUCAGAGCAACGUACUGCACGCUAACCUUGGUGAAGGGAUGUGUGUGCAUGUAUGUCUGUGUGCCAGUACCUCCUCUGUGACAGCAAAGAGGCUGAAAGUUGCUUUCAAAACAGUUCACAGUAAUGAGAACUGUGCACAGCUUUUUUUUUUUUUUAACAUGUUUACAGAUUGUUUUGAGUUUAAAUAGUGAUAAGUUUCAAUGUGUGUAAUUACUUUGUAAUUUAUUGAUAUUUUAAUCAUGAUUUGUGUAUACUUUUUUUUUUGUGUAAAUGAAAACAUUUUCACAAACUACUUUGAACUGCUGAAACACACCAGCCUUUUUUUUUUCCCUUUUUGCCAAAGCACGAAAGUGCAAUAUUAGGGCCUCUUCCUUCAAAAGGGCUUAUAUUUUGUUAAUGAAUUUUUACUUGUGUUCUAGUAACAUAUUAUAUUAUAAAAGAAUACCAAAUGGUGAAUUAAGACAUACAAGCACACAUAAGUAAAUCAAGAUUUUCUAGAGAGGGUAACAUUUAAUAUAUCAUAUGAACGAAUCAUAUUUGAAAAUGUGAAGCACAAGUGUUCUGUGAGUAAGAAAGGUGGCCUAGAUAUGCCUGUGGCCUAGAUAUGUUCAUGUGCCUAAGUAUGUAGAUUUUUUUUGAGUAAAAAUGUUUUUGUAACCAUUCUAAAAAUUAGUUAAAAAAAAAACUGCUGUACUUUUUCUUUUUUAUAUUGUUAGUAAAUCCACUAGUCUCCAUUUAAGAAUUGUUCAUAAGUACUUUUUUAUUUUACUGGUUAAGAAUCAUUAGGUUAAUAAUAACUAUGUAAUAUUAUUCUAGAAAUAGUGAAACUUAUGUUUAGUUUAAUUUCAGUGACAACUGUUACUUAAUAAAGUUGGACAUUGUAUCCAUAUUAAUUUGAUGUACAUAUGCAUGUAGAUUUGUAUUUGUUUUUGUAUUUUUUUAUGUUUCUGUAGAAAGUUACAAGAAGACCCCAAUAAAUUGUUAAAGCUAUGCAAAUAUGUUAUAUAUUUUUCAUUUUAAAGGCACUGCAAAAGUUUCAGUCACUUGCAAAAUAUAAGAUAUGACUAAAUUACUGGAAAUAUGUCUUCUCUUACAGAAAGAAAUGUUGUCCACAUAAUGUUCUGAUUAGUCAGGUAACAAAUAAAUAAAGCAAUCUUCUACUUUA